CAAGAUACAAACGCUGGAGCAGAACAAGACGAUCGCGGAGAUGGGUCGCUCAAUAGACCGCCUGGAGAAGGUGAAGGACAAGGCGGCGCGGAAGGUGGCGUCGUUGCGAGGGCAGCUGGACAUGACGGCGGAGGGCGCCCAGGAGGAGAUGGAGCGGACCCGCGUCCUCCUCGAGGCCACCACGGGAGAGCUGCGCACAGUCAAGCGUGCCCUCGAGGAGGUGGCGCGUCGCGAGAAGCAGCUGCUGGACUUCCGCGAGGUGGUGGGCCGCACGCUGGGCCUGGACGUGGGCUCGCUGGCCGUGCCGGACUACGAGGUGGUGGCACGACUGGAGCGCCUCGUCCGCGCGCAGCACGCCAGCGUGGCCACGGCGGCGGCGCUCGACGGCUCCCUGGAGCGGCUGCACGGCGGCUUCCGCGCCGGCUACCGGGGCCAGCGGCACGAGCCGCGGGCGCGCUCCGUGUCGCCCGUGCGCGCCUACGGCUCCGUUGACGCCGACAAGUUUUGACGUGGGGGCCGGAGUCACCGCCACCGCCGCCGUCACCACCGCGGUGGGGGUGGUGGGGGUUGCGCUGCGCAAGGCAGUCGAGGGGGGUGGAUCGGCAUUGAUUGGUCAGGAGAAGGGUUGGCAUUUGUAGGCCUUCGCCAACUGAAAGUGCCUUACGUUGCGUCUCAUCUCAGCCAUUCCAUUGCCCUGCUGGAGUCUAGCCACGGGGACUCCUAGUGGCAGCUGUCCCUGUGAGGCACCAGGUAUGCGCAGCAACGGCCUGCAAGUGGACAUAGGCUGCCAGUAGAGGGUUAAUUUACUACGUGGGUCUUCCCAAUUGCGAAUAAAUUAUCUAAUUCGGAUCAUUUGGACCGUGUCGUUGGCACACAUUGCACUUUUUUCAGAUAAAGCCUCGGGAUCGUGAACGCCCACUGAAGCCAUGGCCCAUGUCUAUGGUUAAUGCACCCGCAAUAUUUACCAGGGUGGCCACGGGGCUCUGACCGCGAACAAUUGCAACAAGCUGGCAUACUCCCCCCCCCCCCCCCCCCACUAUUUCUGCUCUUCACCCCCCACAACCUUAUUCCCACACACACGAAGUCGUGCCGCGCACUCGAUAGCCAUGCCUCUAUCUGUGUGGCAGCACAGGAUGGAACGAGAAUGGCGCUCACGUAUUCCUUUGCAACAACAAAAAUGUUGAAUCGCUGUUAAAGCCUUAGGCGUGUGGCGGUCCGUGUAUGAGCGCACGCCGCACGGGCGUUAGCAAUGAGCCGUGUAGUUUUACACUCACACGGGAUGGUUUACCGCUCUGCGCCUUCCACUCGCCGUACGAACAACCUACCUCUUGUUGCUAUGUACACAAGUCCCAACGCACCAAGCGGCCACAAGCGUGUGGCGCCAUUGAAGGCGGAAUGGAUAAUGGUUCGCACGUGGCUCGACUUGAGCAGGGUCGUUUCAGUUUCGUUUAUUAGGUUUAACCCUGUGAGCCAUGCGGCACUUGUACUCGGGUGCAACCGCAACAAAACAAAAACAUGAAACAUCUUAAAGUGACUACACGCAACAGAAAAAUCCAGGCCAAAAAAACAGCAAAGUUUUCCGUAAGGGCUUGGGAAAGGAGACGGUGGGAUUCCAGUGCGGAGCGGUGCGAGGACAGAAACAGAAUGAGAGAUGUUUUGGGCGCAGUUCCACUGCCGCAACACAAAUUUGUUUGGUGGUGUUGCAUUGGCAGCGGUGCACAAGCGCAAUUAACAAACAACAAAUUCAACACACUCCUCAAUAACACUGCCUGAAAAUAUAAAAAUAUAUAUACACGUGUAAUCGGUGACAUUUCAGGAUUUGGUCCUUUUUUGCUCUGUGCUAUGAAGAAGGCCCUUUGACCAAAAAAUGUGCCGAUUACAUCCAGUAUAUAUAUUUCUGUCUUUCAAGGCAGUCAUUUUUGAUCAUUGUGUUGACUUUGGCGUAAUGCAGCACGGAUGAGAUCAAACCGUGAGUCUGGUAGAACGAGCCCAUUGACGAGGGUGGAGGAAUUAACGGAGUGAUGUUCACGUGAACAGGAGCCAUGGUGAGCGGCGAUAGAAAAGUGAUAGGGAGGCGAUUGACUGCCCGGGUUGAGUGAGCGAGUGGCUGGAGUGAAUCAGUGAGUGCCGGAUCAUCAAUCAACGCUGCCUGCUCUGCCACCGAAUUCUAUCGAGUCGAGUGAGAUAACAACUUCGUGCUCCGCCCCAUGAAUAAAUCAUUACAUGCACGUAGCCUGCAGCGCUGUGUUUUGGGACGUUACGGAAACGUAUUACCUGCCUAACGCUCGGAGGCACCAAAGGAAAUGGUUUCCCUAAAAUUCAUCAUCAUUUGUUACACCUGUGUUUGCAACGAUAACCUUUAUAAAGCAGCGCAGCUGCUACAGAAAUCUGUGGAACAUCCGUUAACCCGCGUAUCAAUUUGAAUUUUCCGCAGGAUGUGCUCGUCGGUAGGUCUUCCAGUAAUGGCAUACGCAUGCAAUUGGGAUACAUUUUCAACAUUGAACGGAGAUAGUCUAUUGAAAUGGCAUUUUUCAGGAAUUAAAAAGGUACAUUUUAUAUUGUUUAAUGUUGCCUUUGCUCUGACUAUACAGUACUGGCGUUUCUUGUGAUAAUAUACCAUUUGCGUAAAUCUGCCAAAAAAACAGAAAAUACCUUUUGCAGGACGAAUCUUUUUUGCCCGUGUGGUACAGGACAAAUAUAGUUCGUAGGUCACGGUUAUGGCUUUUCCCCUCGCGUUACGAUUUUCGAGGCUACGAUUACCUGUUAGGCAGCCAUGGCAACCAGAAGUAUGGAGAGUUUUUGUUUGUAAAAAGUCAACUGAAUUUCACGAGCUGCACUGUCUCAGAAUUCACUGUGGAAUAAUCUCCGCAUCGGUCAACACAUGAGGUAGCUUGUCCUAAUAAACUCAACAAACAAAAAACAACUAUUUUUUUUAUUUUACCAUGUAAGGCCCACUGAGCUAUUUCGCUCUUUAUCAGAAGCAACCUGGCCACAAAAUAUAGCUCAAAGAAGUGGCUUAUCAUCAAGUGGACAUUUAUUGCAGCCAAAAUACUCUAAACGCACGUUUCUAAAUGCAGAGGGGAAAAACCGGAGGACUCGGAGGAAAACUCACUCGACCACAGGAAGCAACAUACAAACUCCAAGUAUACAGGCAUCGCCAGGGUCAAGAUCGAACCGACAAACUCCCCGUAUACCAGGCGAGGUAGUUAACAUCUCGACACCACUGCGACGUUUUACGAGUGAAGGCAAUUCGCCAGCUAGAGAGCCCAGACGUAUUAGCUCGCAAUAAUGCAAUUUUACUUGCACCUGUGGACCGUUUAUAAUUCCGCAAAUCAGAUUAAAAUAGACAUCCAUCAAAGCUUUUUGAGUGGGGGGUAGAAAAAUAAUACGUGACCGUUAGAACCGUAAAUCUUCAUUUGUUUUCAGCCAUGAUCAAUCAUCUACUGGAUGAAUCCACCUCCGAUUAGCACGGUUGGCUAUGCCCAGUGCGAAAGAAGUUCAACAAAUAUACAGCCGUUGAAAUCCUGCGAUGUAAUAAGCCACCUCGUCAACUGCACGUGAUGUGAAUUCAUUGCUCCAUCAUUCUUGGUGUGGAAGGCCCUUCUGAAACACGUUCCGUUUCCUUCUGCAGCCACUUUCUCACCGUCCCAUUCACCGCCGACCAUCGUUCCUUGUUGACUAAAUACUUUUAAACAGCGUUGGCGGCUAUCGUUUCCCGUGCAGUUGCUGUAAUUUGUAAAAAAAAUUAAUGUGGUCGCUGUUAGGUGCCUGUGAAUUGCGCAUGCGUUCAAGUAACCAUUCCUUUUUUCCUCCGCAGUUUAAUGACGGGACUUGGGGACACACAAAUUCACUUCACCUCGGACGUUUCUAUUUCGCGCAAGAAGUUCCCUGGAGAAAUCCGACCCCCCCCCCACCCCCCCCCCCGUAGCAACUCCAAUUAUCACCGCGGCCAGGAAAAUUAGAAAACACAUCCCUCUUAAUUAUUCGCAUCGUAUUAUUCAUGGCGCACAAAACUAAAAUGGGAUCGAAUAUGUGAUUUCGCCAAAAUGUUGGAAGAAAAAACACAAUUUAAUUUGCAGAUGUGUUCAAAGGUGUGAGUCAAUCGACCAAGGUAAGACGUUCGAUAAAAAUAACAGUAGUGAAAAACUUUUAUAUAAUUAUUUCGAAUAACAUUGUAUGACCUUAUUCAUAUUAUUAUUUGCUGAAGGUGAAAAACAACACGUUUCCUUAUUGCAGGGGAAGCUGCGAUCUUGUCAUGGUUCGCAGUCCACUGAACUUACAAUCCAGGGCUCGUCGGUUCGAUUCCAUCUCUCGGAGCAGAAGUUGAAGCAAUGGGGCAGGUUUCUCAAAUCCCCCCCCUUUCCCCCUGUCCCUGUACAUCACAGUCGAUUGGCGGUUCGUGUGUAGCGGGGUAAAGUGUGGGUACUCCCACCUCCUUCAAGACAUCUGGCCAGCAUGGAAGAGUAGGUCAAAUGCCCUCUGGAGGAGGGCUCUUUAGAGCUCCCUCUAGCGGAGGUAAUUUUUUCCUUCUCUCAAGUUGAUCUUUAACAUUUGACUUAUAAUGCACAAACAUAAAAGACUUUCAAAUGUCUCUAAGCCACGUGUUUGCGUGUUUUUUUAAAAAAAUUCUCAGGCAUUAACACUAUCCACAAGGCGAUAAGCCGGUAUUAUUCCACUUUAACGGAAAUAAUAAAAGCACGUUCUGCUCGCAAAGGCCUUGGCUUACGUGAUGGCAGAAUACAAAACGCAGAAAGGUCACCGCAUUAACAUAACCGUUAUAUAAUUUAAGGGUCACAAGGAAUGACCCUUGAUAUAUGUGAGACUGUCAGGGGAUACCAGGUGCUGUCGGCUGUAGCUGGGAGGUGGAUUCGCAGACUGGCUUCUCAAUGAUCCCUGGUCUCCUUCCACACGCCACUCAUUCAUGGCAGGACCUCCUGAAUAAAGAGCCUUGUGACUCGGUGUGGCUCAUUCAUGGUAUUUCUAUACGUCAUUGUAAACUGCAGGUUCAACGAAAUGUGGGCCUGGCGUCUACAUACAGCCAUUACCCAGCCCUCUGGCGACAAAGACGAGAGCCAUGUUAUUUUUACUUAAUUAUCACAAUUACAUUUUUAAAUAAUACAACUUGUUACUCUUUCUAACGUGAUCACUAAGGGUGUGUUGUGCCUGUUCUUAUUCAUUGUUUGCAAGCAUAUACUUGUAAUUGAUGUUGUGUACAAGUGAAAAACAAUGUUAUUAAUUAGAUUUUGUAUGAUUAUCAUCAUGAAAUUGUCCAGGUGAUGUGUUUCUCUUUUACAAAAUCUUCCGUUUUCUGUCCGUUUUGAAAUGGAAAUUGAUUGACGGUACGGUAAUGGAUCGUGAAGUGGCGUCACGACGCAUUUCAAUUUGCAUACACAUCAGUCAUUCUGACAGCAGCGAAGGGAAACAACGUUUAUGCACUUAAAGAGCUGUCCGAAAUAAAACAUCUCUCGGGAAGAGCUGA